UUAUGUGAUUUUUGAGUGUUACCAAUUAUGAAUCAAAAUUAAAUCACUCAAAAAUAAAGGUCCAAUAGUUUUUUGUUCUUUGAGAAUCAGAUCCAUAAUAUUUACUAGUUAUUUUUCUCCCUUGAUGCAACAAAGGAGCUCGUUCUUGGUUGAAUGUUCUUCUCAUUUUCCCAGUCCUAUAUUUUGCAAUCCCAUCUUCCUUGCUUAAUUUUCCAGUCAAGGGCUGUUUUCCCUGCCCGUGUUUCAAUUUUCUGAACAGACAGACACAACCUUUCACAGGAAACAAACGUUCACAGGAAACAAACGGUCACUGUGCAAAAUAACUGCAUUUCUUCGCUAUAAAAAACCUCUGCAACUGUCUCUUCAGAUUCUCAGACAAACCCCUUCAUAAUCAUGGACAGAAACACAGACAUGUUCUCAAACCUGCCAAGUUCUCUGCUCAUAAUCAUUGCAAGUUUCCUGUCAUUCAAAGAAGCUGCUAGAACAUGCAUCUUGUCCAAACAAUGGCUUAACAUUUGGCGCGAAGUGGAGAACGUUGAUUUCGACGAAAACAACUUUGUUAAACUUGAUGAAUCUGAGGAGAAUCAAAAAGUUCAAAGAGAAGUUUUCAUCAACUUUGCACGGCAGUUUAUUGCAAACCAUUCACAACAGGUUAUCAAAACACUUGGAUUCAGAUGUUCAAAGCCAGGGAAUUUUCUUGUCGAUAUGCAAAACAUUGUCAUGUUUGCGACCUCGCAUAACGCGACAGGAUUAAGACUAGAUUUCUCUGAUCCUACAUGGAGAGAAGACGCAAUUAUGAAUCAUGAAGCAGUAUCUGAAUUGCCUUCACAUGUUUAUGAACAUGGCCAGGCUCUUGAAUCCUUGAAGUUGUUUUCGUGCAGGUUUGAUGCAUCUAAGUUCACUAACUUUAGUGCAAUAAAGAGCCUUUCUCUGGGGUGGAUUAACAUAAAUAUUGGAUCUAUUUUGGUUAUAUUGGAGAGUUGUCCAUUGCUAGAGACUUUGCAUCUGAAAAAGUGUUGGAACUUGGAAUAUUUUGAGGUAUCCAAGCCAGGUUUGAGGCUACAAAACUUGGUUCUUGACAAAUGUGAUAUUAGGCAUGAAUGGUUAGCAAUUGAAGGACCAAGAUUUCAAUUCUUCAAGUACUCAGGAAAAGUGGGUCAAUUUCUCUUGGAGAACCAACGUGACAUGGUAGAGGCUGAACUUGAUUUUGGGAUGCAGACUGAAUUUGAAGAAGUUGGUGCCUUCCUUUAUGAUCUCUUACAAGAGCUUUUUGCUGCUCGAAUUCUGACUGUUUGCAGUGUCUUCUUACAGAGUAAAUUAAAGCUUAAUACUGUCGCAUAUUUGGGACUAACAUCAUUUUCUUUUGUUGAUGGUCACUCACAGAUUAUUCCUAGCGGAGACGAACCAUUGGGUUUGCAAGCUCCACUUGAUGUCCGCAAGCUGAUCUUGAAAACAGCACUGCACAGUAAUGAAUAUUGUGGUAUCAAGUUCAUGCUAAGGAGCUCUCCUCGUCUAGAGACGCUUACCAUAGACAUUGGCCCUGCAAGAAUUUUCCCAGAUUAUGAACCUCCCUAUCCAUUUGACCCUGAGGAACUUUGGUCAAGGAACUUUCAAGUUGAAUUUUGCGUCAUUGAGACUCUUAGGGUGGUGAAUGUGAAGGGAUUUAAGGGCACAAGGAAUGAACUGUAUGUGCUGAGAUACUUGCUCCACUUCGGCCGUGCAAUGGAGGAACUUAAUCUUUAUGCCUCCAAUGAAGGUGGCGAUAAUGGCGAGAAUAGGGAGUUCUAUAUGGGAAGAGCACAGAUAGUCUUGGGAUUCUACAAGGCAUCUCGGAAUGUAAGCAUAUCAGUCUUAUAAACCAGUCUUUCCAACCAUUUUAUUUUGGUAUCAGCUUUGAAAUAAUACCAGCAACUUGGUGAUGAUUCACUAAACUUUGUGCUGAAGAUGAUGGAAGCUUGUGUUUUCAUCUCUACUUUUAUACAUUAUGG